UUGAACUCACUUCGAUCACUUCAUUCUGAACUGUGAUACUCUGCAACCAGUGAUCGACAAUGAGAAUAAACCAUGGCGCCUUGAUUCUUGUUCUGCUGCUUUCAGUGCUACCUUUCCGCACCAUCAAUAAUGCUCAGCCUACCAGGCGAUCAGGAUCAUCUUCGUCAUCACCACCACCACCACCAGAGAACAACAAGAGCCAUGCGAUUAGCAAUGAUGCCGACAAGCGAUACAAAAUCGUAUCUCUGAUAUUGAGUUCGCUGGUUCUGAUUUCUUUCUGUGUGGUUGGGAUUAUUCUCCCUUGCUUUUACGAAAGUAUAUGCUUUUGUGUCAACAAGCUCUGUCCUCGUCGUAACGGUCUAGAUCAGGCCGUCAUCGAGACCUUCCCUGUCUUUAACUACUCCGCCGUCCAAGGCCUCAGGGAAGAAUCAGCACCAGAACUAGUGUGCGCUGUGUGCCUCAAUGAGUUUUCGGACGACGAAACCCUGCGUGUGUUGCCAUGCAACCAUGUUUUCCAUCCCUGGUGCAUUGAUGUCUGGUUGGCCCAUAGUAAAACCUGUCCGGUGUGCCGGGCCAGGCACUCGCGUCAUGAUAGUGAGUCAAAGCCAGACGUACGAGUUCGUGCGCCAAUUACAGAUGGUUCGAACCAGCAGGCGGAGCUUAGUGAAGGCCAAGGCGACGCCGGCGCGGAUGUGGUGGUUAAUGUUGUGAAUGAAGAAGAGAGUUGCGAAAAUUGUAGGGACAAUUACACGUCGAGAUUGCCGGAAGAAGUGAGGAGGCAGCUAAUUCCAAAUUCGUAAGUGUUCAUCUCAUAAUGAUCGAUGGACCAUAUAUGGUAGCUUAACUAGGGAAUUAUUAGUAGAAGGUGGGAAAUUUGCUGAGUUUCUGAUGAAAUUAGUACAGCCAAUAUGAAUAGUCCUGUUUUAUUAAUUACUAUUCUCGAUCUGUACGUAGUUACCUUUUUAUUAAAUUGAGAUUUCAUGUUGAGACCUCUUGGUUUACAAUUUUUCUCUGUUGUCAACAGUGUUAAGGUUUUUUUUUCUGUACUGUCCCAGUCCGAUGUGAACAGAACAGAAAACUAGAGCAUAAAUGUGGUUGAGAUGUUGAAGUAGAGCCCCCAGUGGUCCCCAAUCCCGUCUAUAUGAACAGAAUCAGAGCUUGCUAGCUAAGCUUUUCUUGUGGAAUUAAAACUCGCUGUGGCUUCUGACUAAACCAUGUGAGCUAUUACUCAACGUUUCUAUUUAAGAGUAUAAUUCCCAUGCCCUAUAUGAUCCUAUAUGAUCAUAUUCAAGUCAGCAGUAUGGUUGAAGUUGCCAUAUAUUCUUGUGUAAUCUAUAAUUACCAUUCGGAAGAUGAUGAGUCCAUAAUUGGAAUCUUAGAGUUUUCUUCUGUUCUUUAGUUUUGCACUACCGAGGAUUCGGUUCAAGGGUCUACAUGCCAACUGUAAUUUUGGAGCUUCACCAUGGAUUUCCACCGUUGGAAUUUUUGUUUCUGUACGUUGGAGUUCUUGCGGUUGGAGAGUUUUGAUCUUCAUUAUUAGUUUUUUUUUUUAAUUGCUAUUUUUGCUGUGCCUCAUACUUUUUUAUUGGACUUUUCAGCAU